UCGAAGCACAUCCGUCUUCAAUUUGGAUGGAUGAAAACAAUACGGUUCGCAUAACAAGGAAACAAAUUAUGAAAGAUAUUGUACAAAAAUGGCAAUGAAAUAAAAACAGAAAGGAGAAAGAAAACCCACCUGGAUAUAUUAGACAAUUCUCGUUUAUUUAAGAAUUGUUUCUCUCAAAUAUUAAAGGAUAUUUUUACGUACAAUAAUGGAACAAUAGCAUCUGUCAACUGUAUCGAAAUUAUUGGAGAUUUUAUAUCGCGUUUUAUAUUAUCGUAUUUGAUCGUAUUUGUUGUUGUGAGUGCCGUUAGUCGUAGUUUUGAUGUCCGAUACUGGCGUAUAUACAUACUGUUUUUUAAGUGAAUUCGAUUUGAAGUAAUCUUACAAGAGAUCUAUGGAUGAAAGAGAGUCAAAUUCCUUGCCUAUGCAAGACAGAACAGAACCAGAUGGGGCUACUGACCAUAGCCUUGAUAUAGAGCCUCACUCAUCAUCUGCCCAACUGCAGGAAAAAUGCUAUAAUUCAGUAAUGAAUGAACAUAAACCUCAGGAUAUAGCCGUGGAUCACCAAGGGGUGAUGACCAAUGGGCUAUCCCCACCGCCAUUGUUUUACGAUGCGGCAGGGGAUGCAGAAAAUUGUACCACGAGCUCAGUGGCUAGCUGUUCCGACAGCGGCAUUUGCUCGACUCCUCAUAACGAGGAGGAUCUAAAUGGAUUUGAAGAUAUACCUUUGAAUGCUGGUAUAGAUGUCAGCGAUGAGGUGGAUGCUGCUAAUUUUGGUGAUUCUUUAAGUGAGAAAUUAAGGCGGAUGGAUGGCGACAGUGGGUCAAAUUUUGAAGGAAAGAAGACACGUGGAAAGUUAAGAAAUUUAUUCAGUCGUUCAAAUGCACCAAAGGCAAUGUCCAACAAUGGUUCACAAACAUCAUUAGAUAGUCAAGGGCCAUACCCACCCCCAGUGACUAUAGAAAGGAGCUCAACCUUACCCAGAGUAUCAAGUACAAGGCCAAGAGGUGUUGCGCCUGUUUUAUCAACAACUGGUCUGAUAUUCGAAAACAGACCAAGAAAUCUCCCUGCAAAAGACCCAAAAGAGGAAAAACGACACAGACAACUUUACCAACAAAUGAUUGAGGUUGCAAAAAAGAAGGAACUUCGCGACCUUCAAGAACAACAAAAGAAACAAGAAGAUCAAAGUCAUCAUGAAACUCUUGUUGUGAAUGCCUUGGCAACGUGGAAUAAAGAAAUAUUACCUAACUGGGAUAAUAUGAAAAACGCCAAGAAAGUCCAGGAGUUGUGGUGGUUGGGUUUACCGCCAAGCGUCCGAGGCAGAGUGUGGAAGCUAGCUUUUGGAAAUGAUCUACAUAUAACACAAGAGUUGUUCGAAAUAUUUCGUUGUCACGCCGAACAGAAGCUGUUGAAUAAUGAAAACAGCAAGUCGAAGAUGCGGUCUGAAGAUCUGGCAGCGAAGUCGCAAAAUUUUGUCACGGAUUCUGUCGUGGACCUUAUCACCAUGGACGUUUCGAGAACGUUUCCUUCGCUUGGAAUCUUUCAAAAAGGUGGUCCUUAUCACAACGUCUUAUAUAAAGUACUCGGAGCCUACUCGUGCUACAGACCUGACAUUGGCUAUGUACAAGGAAUGGCUUUUUUAGCUGCGGUUCUCUUGCUCAACAUGGAGGAAAUCGACGCUUUCAUAUGUUUUGCGAAUCUAAUAAACAGGCCAAUGCAAAUGGCGUUUUUUAGCGUUGAUCAACCAAUGAUGCGGGCGUAUUUUCUUGCGUUUGAAGUCCAUCUACAAGAUCAUCUUCCCAAACUUCAAUCCCAUUUCAGUGAACAAGGCCUGACGCCUGAUCUUUACCUUACUGAUUGGAUUUUCACGCUGUAUAGUAAGUCGUUACCUUUGGACGUAGCAAGCAGAGUGUGGGAUCUUUUUUGCAGAGAUGGGGACGAAUUUUUGUUUAGGACUGCGCUAGGAAUUCUUCAAAUGUAUUCAUCCGAGAUGAUGAAAAUGGAGUUCAUUACAUUAGCACAAUUUCUUACGAAACUACCCGAAAAUAUCUCGGAAGAAAACCUGUUUCAAAGCAUUUCAAAUAUAACCAUCUCUAGAGAGAAAUUCAGUGAGACUCUCAUGGAACAGACACAGAAAGUCUUACAACUUUACCCAGCAGAUAAGCUGAAACAACAUCCAACGCUUCGUAAAUAACGUCCUUAAGAAUGUAGAUAGAUUUAUGCAGAAAUUUUUGUACGCCUAUUAAAGGGCCUUAAUUGAUGACAUUCGUAUAUAGCAUGAAUUCACGGACAAUGCAUUUUAUAGAAUUUAUGAAUUCGUUUUUAGAGCCGUGCGAUCAAAUUUUGUGUAAAAUAAGAGUGAUUU